GACUGGGUCCUCGAUUUGGUACCAGUGCAGGAGAGGAACCUACUCGCUGCUUCCUUAUCCAAUGGCUCCAUCAACAUAUUUGACUUGAAAAAACUAGCAGCUGUUCAUUCUUUUCAACCUCAUUCUAACUCGAUAUCCUGCUGCAAACUAAUCAACGACGACAUUAAUUUUCUUGGGUCUUGUUCAGCAAACGAAAAUUUGAAGUUUUUCGACUUGCGGUCAAAUGGUAUAGUUGAAGAACUCUCUUGCAGCAAUAAAAAUCCUUUUAUUUCUUUUAAUUCAAAAUUUAAUCAGCUAGCUAUAGGUUCUGAAUUGUUCAAUCAUAACGCUGAACUAUAUAUUUAUGAUUUAAGAAAUCUUUCUGCUCCUAUUAAAACCUACUAUGACUGUCAUAAUGACGAUAUAACCUCGAUUAAUUUUCAUCCAACCAAUAAGAAUUUUUUAUUAACUGGAUCAACAGAUGGAUACAUAAAUUUAUAUGAUUUAUCGAUCCAAGAAGAAGAGGAUGCUUUGUAUCAAGUAGCUAAUUUUGAAUCAAUUCACUCAUGUAAUUUUCUUAGUGAAAAAUUUUUUUAUGGAUUAAGUCAUGUUGAAAAGUUUUCUGUUUUCGAGAUUAAUAAUUUUUCAAAAGGUAACGAAGAUAAGUUGGUUGAAUCUAAACCAAAAGAAUUUGGUGAUUUAAGAGAAAAAUUGAAUAGCGAAUAUGUUGUUGACAUUUAUCCAGGGUUUAUUGCUUCAGGUUCAAUUAAUGAUAAUCAAAAUGUUAAAAUUCAUUUUUUCAAUAAUUUUGACCAAAUUAAUUAUGAUAACCCAAUAAUUAUACCAAAUUGUAACAAUAAUGAAGUUGUUCGAAGUGUUUAUAUUCCUUAUGAUAAACCAGAUAACAAAAUGAUUUUCACUGCGGGAGAAAACAAUUCAAUAGAUAUUUGGCAAUUGCAGAAUCAAGAUUAUCUUCAUGUAUUCAAAAAUUAUUCGAAUUAU